GAGAGGACGCGUACACCCUCUCGGAUCGGGGUAGUGGUGCGGCACCGACGCCGACGUCGAGGAUGGGGUGGACGCACCGCAGGAGAGGGGCGCCAUUAUAUUUGCGCAGGGCCGUCCAAUAGGGCGCAGUAUCGUCCCGACCGUCGUCGCGUGCACAUGUCAUUGUUGUGCCCGGACUUGUGAAACGCGCGUAAAAUCACCAUCGUCGCCGUCGCCGUCUCCACCCCCUCUCCGAACAAUCACGUCCCGGUGCCCUCGCGAGGGUGAAAUCCAUCGCGAGACGCGUUUCUUCUUCUCCUUCGGCCUCCCAUAUUCUGUCUUUUCUAUCUCUCUUUUUUUUCUUUCUCUCCAUCCGUCUCUUUAUAUCUCCCGUAUUCUUCAUCCCUCUCCGCGCGCGGACUCCUCCGUACUUAUAGUCGCACGCAGAUAUAUAAACAACAACAGAGAGCGCGAGUCCGACUACGCACGAGGAUCGUGGAAAGUGUUGCGCUGCGAGACCAAAAUUGAGCCAGAGAUCGAUCGGAGAAAAUCAUAUCACAUUUUGAAGAAAACUGCAUAUCCUGAUCAACGUUGUGUAUUACUACUCCGCUAUCGUAUCGUAUAAUGCCCGUUUGGAUGAAAUUUAUCAAGCAAAGUGAUCAUCUUCAAUGGACUCAAUCGUAAAUCUUAGAAUAUUACGGUCGACGCGUGGCCGGAUUUGAGGACAACGCCGAAACGACAGAGAAGAAAGAAGUCCGAGAAAGAGGGACUUGAGAGGAGGCUUCGAUCGGCUCGAUACCGAUGGAGCCGUCCUGAUGCAGACCGCGAAACUACGCGGGGAUUACCCGAUCCGUUCGUCGGACUAAUUCCACGGCAGACCCCGGUGAUUUCGCGGAGCAACGUGUUACGCCGUUCUCUCAUCUCCCUUGACGGCGCGACAGACCCAGCCACUUCCACUUCCUCCACCCCACGUGGCCGCACCAUCACCUGAUAAGAGCUGGAGAAGCGGCCGCAGCCGCAGCCGCCUCGGAGCUCUGAGGAGCUGGAGGAUCUGCACAAGCUGCUGCACUUCCCCGAGGAGGUGGCGCUCAGGUUGACGGAAAGCGAGUACCAGCUGUUCUACCAGGUACCGCCGCACGAGUAUCUAAGGCACGUGGCGCAGGAUCAGACCACGUUGCAAAAACCUGCCAGGCCACCCCCGUCGCCGAGUCGCAGCUGCAGCAACCCCAGCACCAUCAACAGCUCGACCCAAACCGAGGAUGAAUCUUCCUGGCCUGUUGUCACAGCGUAUUCGACCGUGCAGACCCUCAUCAAUCGUUUUAAUGAGGUAAGCUCAUGGGUCACUCACGCGAUCACCAGCGGUGCUACGAUAGAAGAACGACAGGCGGUGCUGUCUUGUCUUCUACGAGUUGCGCUAACCUGUUGGAAUACCGGAAACUUUAAUUCAGCCAUGGAGAUAAUCGCCGGUCUGAAAUCCAACAAGCUAAAGCCGUUUUGGCAUAGCGUGAACGAGCCUAUACCGGUUAUGGAAUAUCUCUCCUCCGCUCUUCUGUCUUCCGAAUAUGAGCAUGCACUCGCUCGCGCUCUCGCGAUGCCGGAAUGUCCUGUGGUGCCAUUCUUUGGAGCCUUCCUGCGCGAGCUACGGGAAGUUAUUGCAUGCGAAACAAAGCCCCAUUUCGAGUUUAGAGAAAAUCGCGAGUCACCACGUGCUAGCGUUAAAGAAAGCGAACCUCAAGAACACGUGCCUUUGUCUGCGCCGGCCGCCAGGAUCGCCGUCGAGAGUAAUACAGAGACGCCGUCAGGAUGGAGUUCGAGAAGCGGUUCCUUGAACAAACCGGACAACCCCAUAACACACGACACAAAUUCCGUUCUUGACAAAGUCGCCCUCUUUCACAAGCAUCGGCAUGCUCGUGGCAGAGACGCGACUACCGGUUCCCUCCAUCGCACCCUGAGCGUUCACACGACCGCGAUCGAGCAAACAUAUAUGGCAGAGGAAUGCGAUGAGAACGAUUAUCAUCUUGAUUUGGACUCCUACAAGCCCGUACAACCGAUCAAGAUCGAUCACGGAGUCGCUUUGUUUCCCGUUGCCGCGCCACACACCGGCAUGGAUCUCCAUCUCCUGCAGAUAUUACAUCACGGCACGACUUUGAUACACUGGGAUUGCGAAAGUGGUACUUCGAGAACGGCGUUGGUGUUCGCACGCGUUGAUCGCGCCUGCAGCACCUUCGUCUGGGAAAAACCACCAUGGAGCCCCCUGAAAACUGCGCAAGUCGGCGGUACCGCUCUCACAGAAUUUUCAUUGACCUCGAACCCGGAGGACACGGUACGCCCGGCAGGCCUAGUUAGCAGAUACGCGCAGCAGCCAGCCGAUUGUGCUUCUGUCACUCUAGAAGAGGGAUAUCUUGAUCUGGGAUCGGUGAAGGAGAUAAUGAUCGGCUGCUGCGACCGCGACCGAGAGGCUGAUCUCAGGAGCAUCUGCAAGAGAUACGGCCUACCAGGCUCCGACUCCUGUAUCGGCCUCAUGUAUGGAUCGAAUCUUCCGGACAAUCGACUGAUCUUCUUACUUUGUCCCCCCGUCCUUAGCAAAAUAUGGUACAUGGGAUUAUGCUGGAUAUUGCGAGGCCUCAAACGACAACAACAAUUAACAGAUCGUAGAUCACGCUGGUUGAAAGAAAAAUACCUCCAAUUGUACUUUUCCUACUUCGAACAACCGAUGGAAGGCUUGGAACAGCCUACAACAGCUGAUGCUAUACGUGUUUUCGGCGGUCGCGAUUGGUCCAUGACAGAAAGUGUUGGUACACUAUCUCCAACGAGCAGUAGCACUUUACGCAGACGAAACGUUAAAGGCAAAAAGACGAAAUCGAUUGGCAAUAUACAUGCUUUAACCAAGGAUUUGAGUCUAAAACAAUAUGACUCCUCGACCUCGGAUGGAAGUCUAUCGACUACACCUCUUCGUCACAUUACGGGGAGUAGAGAAUCCCUAACAAGGAUCCUACCUGCAUCGCCAAGAGCUAGUCGAGACCGAAUUCCACCGCGUAGUCCGCCCGGUUCCGCUGAUCGUAUCGUUUCUUUGCCUUACACCACUUUUCACAAUCUGUUAUGUGUUGCCAGAGAAAAGGACAAAAAUGGAUCCGGUGGUAUACCUGGUGGGUCAGAGGCUCCUUGGCAGGUGAAAGCGCGCACCACUUCCAUCAUGUAUGAAACGCAAUUAAACUUUGUGGAGUUUGUCGCGCUUUUCCGAUCAUUCAGUUUACGAGCUAGGAAAGAUUUGCGGGAUUUAUUCGGCCAAUUAGCGAUCACGUGCCGCAGCCAAAGUGACGGAUCAUUAAGAGACUUUAGCAUGCGUCCAGCGGUACUCAGACAGACCAGUGACGCUACUCCGCAAAGAAUCGGUUUGCUGACAAGAAACAACUCCAUUGACUGUCAUGAAUAUAAGACGAGCAGCAAUUUGCAAAAGAAGCAGAUCUUCGAUGCAGUCGCGGCGGCAAGCAUAGUUAAUAAUUGUUCCGGCGUGGACACAUCAAAAUCUCAAGUAAUCACUCUGGCGACAUUUACGAAAUUUCUGGAAUCUCGACAACAAGAAAAAUUGAGCGAUGAGGAAAUCAAAACGCUUAUUAAGAGGCACGAACCAGACCCGGCUCUUCGCACACAAUGGUGUUUGUCUUUCGAGGGUUUUGCGCGAUAUAUGAUGGACAAGGACAAUUAUGCCUUUCCGAACGAGUACGCGACACCGUCCGAAAGCGAGAUGCAGCAGCCCCUGUCGCAGUAUUACAUCGCUAGCUCCCACAACACUUAUUUGACCGGACAUCAACUUAAAGGAGAAUCCUCCGUGCAAUUGUAUUCGCAGGUGCUUUUAACCGGAUGUCGCUGCGUGGAACUCGAUUGUUGGGACGGUGACGAUGGAUCCCCGUUAAUUUAUCAUGGUCACACAUUCACUACCAAGAUACCAUUUCGAUCGGUCGUGGAAGCGAUCGAUCGAAGCGCCUUCGUCAGUUCCCCUUAUCCCGUGAUUCUCUCCAUCGAGAACCACUGUUCGCCAAGUCAGCAAGCUCGCAUGGCUCAGAUAUUUCAGUCCGUUUUUGGCGAGAAAUUGGUGACAAAAUUUCUCUUCGAAUCCGACUUCAGUGAUGAUCCGCAAUUGCCUUCACCUUCGCAGCUUCGUUAUCGAAUUUUGAUAAAAAAUAAGAAACUAGUGGUCGACCCUACUGGGCCAUUGUCGCAUACGCCUCUCAGUCAUCGCGGGAAGAUGCUCAUGUCGGAUCGUGCAUCCUCCAUGAAGCAAAUGCGAACAGAUGUGAGCAGUACAUCGGUCGUCGAGUAUUUUAGCGAGGAUGAGGACGACGAAGAGGAUGACGAUGAGGACGAUAAUAUCGAUGAUAACUCAAUCUCGAGCUACGAGAGGUAUCUAGGCGGCAGCCAAGUGCCGCACAGUCGUUUAAAAUCGGAUCCAGCAGUGGAUGACAAAUCGCAAAAACAGAGCAGUCAGAUAGCCAAGGAGUUGUCGGAUCUGGUGGUUUAUCUGCAGGCGAUUAAAUUUCGCGGAUUGAACACCGCGCCUGGGACAGCCGUGCCAGGGAAAAUACGACAUCCGUCGCACUCGGGACCGGUUCAGAGGCACAGUAUCGCCGGUAUAGGGCCCAGCAGUAUAGCAUCUUCUUCAGGAUCGCCGCAAUCUCUUUCGACAUCCGCCUCAAUCGCGAGCGGUGGUAGCAACAUCGAUAAUAUCUUCAGAUCCACUCGCGGAGUGCCAGCCUGCUUCCAAUGCUCAUCUUUGAAUGAGAGCACGGCGAAAAAGAUUUGUAGGAAGCAACCGUUAGGUGUAGUCGCCCAUGCAGAAACUCAACUGAUCCGAACGUAUCCUGCAGGAAUGCGUAUCGAUUCCACAAAUUUCAAUCCUGUAAUAUUUUGGGCUUUCGGAAUUCAGAUGGUCGCGUUGAAUUAUCAAACCGAUGACGCGGGAUUAAAUUUGAACGCAGCUAUGUUUGAGCAAAAUGGGCAAUGUGGAUACGUUAGAAAGCCCUCGGUGAUGUGGGACAAGGGACACAUGAUGUACAGACGGUUCAAUCCUUGGGACAAGGAGUUUGAUGGCCUGCACUCUGCGCACUUGAGUCUGUCAAUAGUCUCGGGACAAUACGUCUCACCUACAAACCUCGUCACCAGCACGUACGUCGAGAUUGAGUUGGUCGGUAUACCGAUCGAUUGCGCGAAGCACAAGACAAAGGUUAUUCAUAAUAAUGCAUUGAAUCCUAUCUGGAAUGAGAAAUUCUGUUUCCAAGUAAUGUUCAAGGACCUCGCGUUCUUACGUUUCGGCGUCGUCGAGGCCAGUUCCCAUCAUCUCAUCGCGCAACGCGUAAUACCGCUCAAAUGUUUACGACCAGGCUAUCGACACGUACGAUUACGAUCUUGCAAGAACAGACCGCUGGCCCUGUCCACACUUUUCAUCUAUUCCCGAUUAGAGGAGGAGAGCUUGGAUUAUAACACAUGCUGCCGCGAUCACAAGGAGUCGUCUAAACGUCUCUCGUCAGGAAAAGAACCCGAAAAACUAAGUACGGUCGAUCCCGGCCUAGGAGGUGUCACCUUGAAGCGACGAAUGUUCUUUUUGAUGGUUUAUCACGUGAUACCGGACGAGCCGUAUACCAUUCUGAAAGUGACUCAGGAAAGUAACACGCAAGAAGUGAUGCUGCAGGCGUUACAGAAAGCCGGGGUAUCGCCCGAUCAUGUUGACGAAUACAUCUUAGUGGAGGAAGUAUCUCGCGGAUGGGAGAAGAGAGACAGGGAAGAAUUGCCGACUCAACGCGUACUGGACCCUACCGAACAUCCUCUUCAGGCACAGGCCUUGUGGAAAGGUCAAGGUCGCUUCCUUUUGAAGCGAGUGGGCGACGAUCCGAGCAGCAGAGCCUGGCUCGCCUCCAUCAGAAGCACGGCCGGCCAUUCAAAGCUCAAUGAUUCCAACUCGAGGGACCAAUCCACUCACAUAUGGGACGAGGCAGACACCUUCUUAGUCUGCAUCUACAACGUCUCGCCAGAGAUCCCUUAUGCAAUUCUACGUGUGCCGGUGAGCAGCUCAGCGCAAGAUGUAUUGGCGCAAGCUCUGAUAAAGGCUAGAAGAAUGGAAAACCCGUCAAAGUUCGCCCUUGUCGAGGAGUUAGAAUGGGGCGGCGCCGGUGCUGUCGGAAGCGGAAAUCGUCAGUUGAGAGUUUUGAACGACGACGAGAACGUUUACAGCACGCAAGCGUUCUGGAAGACCCUCGGUAGAUUCAUCCUCAGGGAAAGAGAGCAAGCUAUUCCGAGACGGCAUCUGUUGCCCGCGACCCUCGACAGACUCAGCAAAGGAUUUUCCGUCGGUAGAUCGGUGUCCUUACCAGGAUCGAGUAAGGAGAAGGUACCGGUAUCGGAAGCACUAUCGGAUCCGACUUCUAGAGGCCUGAGACAUCGCUUAUUGAUAUCAGGUCGUAGACGAGAAGUUCAUUCCGAUGGGGAGGAUGCCCGCGAAUUCGAUAUACCAAACGCCGUUCUUCACUUAAAAAAGGUCUCGUUAAGGAAAUUGAGAGUUUGGAAAUCAUAGUGGCAGUCAAGGGCGACGUCGAUAUCAUCGAUCUUCGCCGCUCGGAGAAAUCAAUUAUAAGCUUGUAAUCCAAUAAAUACGAUCGGAAGCUAAUUUUAAUCUUGACGGAACGAUUCACGCCGCCGAUCCUGCCAAGGAAUAAUCUCAAAUGCAAGUAAGAACUUGAGGAAAUCGAAGGAUCUUACAUUGUCAAGAAUCUUCGCAAUACAAAUGUCAUGAACGAAGAAAUUACAAUCAGUAAGUCUUUAAGUUGGAUGAUAGGAUACGAUCAGAAUAUUUAAAUAUCAUCGCGUUACUAAAGAAAUAUCAGCGCAUUUUUAUCAUACGAUAUUAUACAAAAAAAAUAAAACUGAUAACUAACAAAAAAAAAAGAAAAAAU